AUGCCGGGGCCUGCCAAUUGCUUCCACGAUCAUGUUCCUGCAGAGCUGCGAAGCUCCUUCGAGGACGCCUUCUACUUCCCAGGCUUCCUUUGCACGCACCAGGAUGAUGGCUCCUUGUUUCAGCAGCUGCAGAAGGAGCUGACCUUCCGGGCGGCCUGGUUGGACUCGGGUUUGCCAUUCUCGCGCCACCUCUGCCUCGUUUCCGACGAGGUGUUGUCCAAAGCGCCGACGUUGCACGCGCUUCUGGAGCACCUUGCAGAGGUCUUUGGUGUUCGACCAGUGUGCUGCAUCGUCAGCCUGUACAGGCAUGGCGGUGACUUCUGCAACCUGCACUUCGACGAGUAUUCGUUUGCCGAUGGCAAGGUUGACUUCAGCAUUGGCGUCACGUUUGGGGAGGAGCGCAAGCUCGUCUUCGAACACCGGGAUGGCCACAAGGUGCAGUUCGCUGUUCCACAGCGAAAUGGCGAUGUUCACGCUUUCGGGGAGGCAACCAAUAGGUGCUGGCGACAUGGGGUGCCGCCCUGUGUGGACUGCGAUGGCCCGAGUAUCAGCAUCAACGUCUGGGGAUCCCGAGGCCACACGGAGGUCGACUUGCCGGUCUCUUUGCCAGGCCGAUUUCCCACGAUCAAGUUUCAAGACCCAGCUGCCGGUUCACAUCCUCGCGAGUGCAAGGCCUGCCGUCGCAUGGCGGAGCCGCACGGAGGCUUCCAGGACUUGGACGGCCGCUGGAGUUGCUCCGGCUGCGUCAGUGGCCUGGGCUGGCGGCCUGCUUCGGCGCGGUCACCCAAGGAGACGACGGAUGGCCUCACUGUGAGAGGUGCGCAGCUCGCCCUCGCCAUCCUGGCCGGGCGGCGAAACUAUGUCUUUCGCAGGGCAAAGUUCCCUGAUGGUUGGUAUGCGCUUCAUGUCGCCAAAGAGCAUCCGGAUUCCGACAGUCCCGAGACUCUCCAGCUUCAAGGCGAAUGGCCUACAGCCCCGGCGGAAGAAGACCUUCCGCACGAGGCUUUCGUUGGCCUCCUCUGUGUGCGAGCUGAAGGCCACGCAGCCAAAAGUGUGGACUGGAAAGGGGCGUACCGCAAGUACUAUGUUGCCAAGACGGUGGCAUUGCAGGACCCCUUGCCAGCUCGCUCGCCGGGAAUUCCGGAAGAGCCGUGGAGGCUGAGCCCUGUGGCUCGACGAGAAGUGUUGGAGCUCAUUGGCAAGAUCUACGAGAACACACGCCCCGAGAGCAACUGGACGAAUGAGCCCUCCUGGUGGUCCAAGCGCUGGGAGUGGGGCGACUGGGGUGACCAGGCCUGGAGCGACUGGGAUCACUGGGGCACCUGGAAGUGGAGUCGGGACAGCUGGCAGGCCUGGGAGGCCUGGGCUCCCCGAGAUCCGACCUUUAGUCCUGCAGAGCCAGAUGAAGGCCUGCAAGACUUGGCUCCAAUGCCGGCAGAGACGCUCUUGCCGGAUGAGGCUCCAUCUGAAGAUCCGCAGGUGCAAGACUCGGCAGAUCAAGUGGAUGUGAAGUGUUCAUCGGAUGAUGGGGUCCUUGAGUUCCCGUUGCAAGCUUAG